GUCACAGGUCGGCGCCUCAGUUUGUGAUGAACAUUCAAACAGUGCUAGUGCUCAUGAUAUCAAUUUUGAUUCCCUGUAUGCGUGCCGAAUGGUGGAGACCUAUCUCUUGGUCUAGACCUGGUUGGUUUCGAAGGAAGGCGACUAUUAGCAGAAAUCUGACAAUGGACGAUUCGAGGAAACUAGCAAUCGAUGUCGGAACGAACGAUUGGUGCAUGGAUCGGAGUAAAAGCCGGUCCGCUGCUCGGGUCAGAUGCGAGAGAGGGCACCAAGCUCUGCUGAAGUUGAAGCACGAGAGCGACUGCAAUUGCGGCUCCGCUCCCAAAUGUCGCUACGUGCCCAGGAGUCAUCGCCGCGAGUGCACAGUGCUCCCUGCUCCCACCGACACUGUCACCUGCCCGGCACGUCUAUAUGGGAGAAAUAGCAAACGGGCUUUGAUCAAAUUUAGCGACUGCAUUCAGAGCGUCAUCGCGACGCUCCCGCCAUCCCUCGAGGCGGCUGAGAUGGAGGAUGUCGAACGAAAUGGCUGGCCGUCUGUCAAACGGUUAAAUUCGCUUCCGCACACUUUCCAUCACUUAUACUCGCUUUCGAGCAAAUUUCCACCCAGCAAGAUCACUGAAAUAGAAAACCGCGAUGAAAUGACCGAAAAAAUCAAAGAGAAUGUGGGGAAAUUGAUAAUGGUAGUGCUCUAUGCAAAACUUUGCGAUAAAUGGAUUCGUAUCAGUGGCGAAGUCGAGAAACUAGCUGGUGCUUUCCAAAACUCCGUUGCCUUUUUCAAACAUGACAUGGAUAAAAAACUAGAGGGAUUGGAGCUAUACGAAGAAUCACCAAUACCGAGUUUCAUGUUCAUGAUUGGUAAUAAGAACGGCGAAUGGGAUUUGCAGGAGGUUCCGUUCCACACAACAGACGGCAGAACACUGUGGCGAAAAUUACUUGGGUAUGGAGUCAAACCAGACAACGGUCAUCUGUCUCCUCAAAGAUCAAACUCUAGGCAACCAUCUCCUCAACGAUCAAUUUCUAGGCAACCGUCUCCGCAAAAAUCUAUUUCCUCGUCGGAUGUACCUGUACGUAUCACAUAGGCAGCAAGUGAAAAUGAAACUCUUGAAAGCGAAAACCCGCACUGUGAUAUCAACUGUAGGAAGCGAAUCUUCUGUUAAACUCAAGAAGAAAAAGAAAAAGAAAAAGUUAAACUCAAGACUUUCUUUUGGGUACAUUCCAAAAGUUCCACAGGUCAAUCGACAUGGACGUAGCCUUCAAGAGGACCGGAUGAGCCUGAGCUUGACCUCUUGUAGAAUUUGAAAUAGUAUCAUCUGCACCCCCCCCUUCCCCAUCUCCUUACCUCCGCGAUUCAGGCAAUCGAAAGAGCGUAGGUUCAAAAUUGGUGCAUUCACUAUCUGGGCAUUAAUACGGAGAAGGAAACUGAAAUAAAGUCCCGGUGUACUUCGAAGAAUUGAUCAAGUCGAACUGAACGUCCCAUUCGGCUAAAAAACCGAUCAAAACAGUGCUUUUUGGAAGAAUUCAAGGAUUUUUUUCAAGGGUGGACCAAACGGAACCUCGUGAUUUUACAAUCCUCUAGUGAAAAGUUUAGCUUGAGUUUCAAGCUCGUUUUGACAAUACAACGUUGCAAAUUUUAUAUAUUUUACCAUUGGGAAAUGCUGAUAUUUUGAAGUUCCUGUGUUGAAAAAACAACGUAGGUAUUUGAUCCCGUUUUAUUUUCCGAGGCACAAUAUCAUUAAUUGGAGUGACCGUGUCACAGCAAAUAAAAAAGACUCGAUUGCAGUUGUUUGUCCAACCAAGAAACUUUACUGUCCAUGUAAAAAAUGAAAUCUAUGAUAUGUUGCCAAAACGAGUUCGGGACUCAAUCCAAAACUUUCACUAGAGGUCUGAUCUAGAGGAUUGUCACAUCUUAAGGUUCCGUUUUGGCGACGUUUGAGGAAAUUCCUAAGUUCCCGAGGAAAGGUACACAAUAAUCCCCAUUUUAGACGAGCUUUUCGCGAAAAAGAAGCCUCAAAAUGUAUCCUAUGAAUGAUCAAAGAUCCAACAUUAUUCGAGAUCGACUGCCCCCUCCCCCCGUUACAUGGUUAUGGCUACACCUACACUAAUCGACAUUCCGGUAUUAUUCCCUUAAAAAAGAGGCAAUUUAAAUCACAGUUAAUAUAUAGAUUGCAUUUAGGGAAGAGGAAAUUUUUCAAAUGUUUCUAGGAUUGUGCAACUUACAUAUCUUGCAAUAAAAUUAUUCAAACCUUGCAAUUAAUUAAGUUUACAAAGGUAAUUCUCGCAUUAAAUUUACAGCGUAUUCAGAGUACAGAUAUUUGUUUAAAUGAUCAAUUGGAUCGAAUUUAGCAAAAAGGAACCAACGUGUUUACAGUGUUGUAAAAAUGUUGCUUUAUAUUAAUUAUCUAUAAAACCCUACAGAAUAGUAAAUAGCUCUAACUUCCCACCCAAAGAUUGUUAAUUUUGAGGCAAAAUGAUUGUGUACAUUUUAAUACUGUACAUAUAUUAAGUAGUUUUAAAAGAAGAGGAGACGUUGCACGAUUUUGGAAGCACCAGAGUCACGCCUUUUUGCUAAAUGCAAUCCAAUUUAUAUAUUUGCAACGAAAAAGAAUUUCAAAAUCCUGGCGACAUUGGAAUGCUUGUGCUUCCUUUUUGCAAAAAAAAAAAAAAAUCCACGUGCUCGAUGGAAAAAAUGAUGACUUGACAAGGAGACUGCCGUGCUUGGGAAGAACGCCGUAUGAGCUUGAAUACGUUGCCAAGUUUCCUCCGAUAAA